GCCUUGUUGAUAGAAUGAAUUCUGCGUAAAUUUAUGUGAAUAUAUCUUUUUCCUUUGGUAUUCUAUUAAGAAUCUUUGCUAUGGUCCAUUUAUUGUAUACUUUCAAUAAUGAAUUCGUUUUUGAAAGAUACUAGACGAAUAGUUUUGUUUGUUUCCAUUCUUCAGAUUGUUUUUGCUGUUUCCCCUCCGAAGAUUCGUCCCUUUCAGUUUACCAAUGGUCUUAAAGAAGGCCAGCGAGAACAGAUCAUUUGUGCAGUUCUGGAAGGUGAUUCUCCAUUUAUAUUUACUUGGAUGAAAGAUCAAAUGGAGAUCGAAGGACAUUCUGAUAUUAAAACAGAAAAGAAUGAAUUUUAUUCGGUACUUAUUUUCCCUUCUGUACAUGCCCAAAAUAUUGGAAAUUAUUCAUGUAUAAUUGAAAAUUCUUUUGGAAGUGACAGAUUCACGGCUGCUUUAGUUAUAAAAGGAACCAUGUUUUCUACUGCAGCCUUUCAUGAUGAUAGAGAUUUAAUUGUUUCGUAUUUUACAUGGUACCUUCUUAGUAAGCAAAGAUUAGUAUUUUUGUUCAUAUAUUGAAAUUAAGGUGUUUUCAAUUAAGACAGUAAUAUAUUUAGCAUAUAUUUGAAAUGCGACAAAUACAGUUUUUGUUUUCGUUGGUAUUCAUAAUACCAUUUUCAUCAGGUAUGCUUGAAAUAAGUUACUUUGAUAUAAGCAUUUUUCUAUUAAAUAAC